AGAGUUCAUGCAAUAUUUAAUAAUACUUUUUAAGUGUAAACUUUUUUUUUUUUUUUUUUAUCAGUACAAUAAAUUUUUUUUCCCCUCUAUUUUGAUGUUUUAAAUUAUGACUUUUCAAUUUUAGGUGUGAGUAGCUUAGCUAAACUUACUUUUAAUUGUAAACUAUUUAUCACUGCCUCGAAAUGGAAGUUCACGAGUCUAUAAUCCUAACAUCUUUCAAAUAAAACUAAUUAUUUUUAUCAGGCCAAACAAUUAAAAAUUUUAGUUCAUAAACAUGUUUGGCAACACAAAAAAGUAAACAAUCAUUUUACUAAAAAUGGAAUUCAAUAUGUUAGAAAUGUUGAAGUGUGAAGACACGUGGAUAGAGGUUCAAUCAGUGGUGACCCCCGUGUGUAUAGGAAAGGGAGGGAAUUAUGAUAGACGAGAGCACCCUACUGGACGUCAAUCAGGUGCUUUUCUUUCUUUCUCUUUCUCUCUCUAUCGCUCUGUGUGUGUCUGUCUGAAGAAUCUAGCAAGAAUUUGAAAUAAAAUUGAAAGUGGGAUACAGAUUUUGCUUUUGCAUGGGAAGAGAGAGAGAGAAAGAGUAAAGAAAAGCUAAAGUUGGAGGCAAACCAGGGCCCUCACGUCAAUCCUUUAACAUCACAUUAGUCUAAUAAUCCAUGCACGACUACUACUAAUAUCUAACAUGUAUGCUGCUACAUAUUCUUUCCGUCCCAGGCCCGCAUGCUUCCUUUGUCUAUGUAUAAAUAUAUAUAUAUAUAUAUAUGUGUGUGUGUGUGUGUGUGUGUACCUUUCACGCUUACUUCUCUCUUUAAUCUGCAAGUAACCAAAUCAAACAGGGAAAGAAAAAAGAUUGAAUGAUGGAAAACAAAAGAGUGAAGCCACAGCCUAAGAAGAACUUGUGGAAACCAGAGGAGGAUUUGAUUCUCAAGAACUAUGUGGAAACUCAUGGUGAAGGCAACUGGGCAACUGUAUCCAAGCAAUCAGGUCUAAUGAGGGGUGGGAAAAGCUGUAGAUUAAGAUGGAAAAAUUACCUGAGACCGAACAUAAAACGUGGAGGGAUGUCCCAAGAGGAAGAGGACCUUAUUAUCCGAAUGCAUAAGCUUCUUGGGAACCGAUGGUCACUAAUUGCUGGGCGGCUUCCAGGUCGAACGGACAAUGAAGUGAAAAACUACUGGAAUACCCAUUUGAACAAGAGCUGCCCUCGGGCCAAAAGAAGACCCAUCGAAUCAAACCAACACCAAAACAACACUAUCACUACUGAAGAUGAAGAAGACACCAGUACCAUCAAGAAGAAGAACAACAACAAAAUCCGCCGACUAUGUAAUCCUUCUCCUUCCAUUAACAGAGAAACCCAGGAAGAUCCCAGUAAGAGAAAAGAAGAACAAGAAGAAGAAGUUGAGGGAGGAACAAGAAGAGAAGAAGAAAGCUUCAGUUUUGUUACAAACAAUCCAUGGAUUCCGGAUGACAAAGAAAUUAGCUUUAACUACAACAUAGAAUCUCCAAUAAUAAUGCCUGCAAACAAUGCCACAUUUGUCUUGGAUGAUGAGCCUUUCAUAGCCUACAUGGAUUCCUUCCUUUUGUUUGAAGCAUUUGGAUGGAGUGGUAGUGGAGAAGAUUGCUAUGCAGAAUCGACGUUGGGAAUGGAGUCAAUCAUACCAUGAUAAAAACCCUCUUUACCCCACAAAAGUUUUCACCAUAUGGAGAUGGAAGGCCCCUAUCAUCCUUGCUUUUUUGUCGUUUUUCUCUGCGGCUAAAACAUUGAAGAGGAAACACCUCGUGCUAUUUUCCCUUUUUUUUUUUUUUUUCCGCACUAUGAUAAUUAUCUUUUUAUUGCGAGCAGGUAAUUGGCCACAAAAAGUACUUAUUAUUAUUUUAUUGAUUGCCUUGGCCUUUUUUGAAAGCAGCAACUGUGCAACUGCAUACCUCGCUGCAAAAUCAAAAUCAAACAGUAACCCAGUUCCAUCACAAUGAGCGUUAAAGGAAAACGUUCCCAAAAUACGACAAAGCACUUACUAGAAGUUUGUGAUUUGUCGUGAAUAGAUCUCAUAACACGUGAACCCCAACUAAAGGAUCACCUCAAUAUUGCCCUGCAGAACGGCUGCAAAAUCAGGCAAGAAGUAAUGUAGGCUGAUACUCUUUGUGGCUCGAAGCGAGAAAUGUGUUACAAUUAGCACAUGAAAUUUAAUCAGCAGCAAAACGUUGAUUGGACAUAACCAACCUUGCAUUAUUACCAACGCGACAAACUCACCCUUCUCAUUCUUUAGAAAACUACAACAAAACAGGAAAGGGGAGACGAAGAGGGUCCCAGCGAAGAGCGCCUGGAAGACAAGUCAUCUCACCAACAACCUGAAUCAUCACCCAAAUUUGGGGCCUACCGUAAAAAUGCCAAUAGCACAAAAAUAGACUCAUCGUGCUACGUGAUGGUGAUGCAUGUGACUGUACAUAUCAUAAGGAGGAAAAAAAAAAAAAUGAUUUGAUUCACAUUAUUGAUUGGCAAGUAACAGUACUACAAAAUAGUAAAAUUGUGUCUCCAUAGAGAGGUUAGAAAAUUAAAUGCGAGAUAAUUCCUGGAAUAGGUGCCCCAUAUUUACAAUA